UCAUUAAAUAUUAUUAUUGUACUUAUAUUCACAGUUGAAAAUCUCUUCAAUCGAAUUGCUAUAAAAAUCAUGAUAGACAGAUAACAUACUAUAAUAGUAUAAAGUCGACAGGAAAAUAAUUCUAAAUAUCGGUGUACAAGAACCACGCCUGUAUUCCUAACCGGAUUUUAAAAAAAUUGGUCGGCUUGGGUUUAGAUACUAAAAGCCACUUACUUCUAUGUAAGACUAUCUAUUUGGAAAACAUUAUACAAAUGACAAAUUAAAAAGAGUAAAGCAUAGAGAAUCCCUUACUUCGCUUCUUUGCCAAGCAAAACCACAAACACCUCUCAAUUUCAUUCAUCUUCCUCCUUCUCCUCACCAAAAUGUCAAAUUCAACCAAAAUGUCAAAUUCGACUCACCGGAGAAGAGUUCCGACUCCGGUGGGAAACGGAGGCCGGAGCCUCAGGAUGAGACGGACGGCUUCCCGAUGCGUUUCUGAUAAGAACCGUUCAAAAUCGACUAAUCAGGUCUUUGAGCGAAGCUUCUCCGACACGAGUCUCGAUUUCCGCCGCGACGGAGACGGUAGUUGCAUGCGGCGAUCCUCGCCGUUGAGUGGCUUACCGACGGAAGAAUCUGGUCCGAUCUUCUACUUGCCAAGGAUUCGCUCUGAGGUUAUGGCUUCUUCUCCGUCGUUGUUGCGCUUUUCUUCGCCAUCGUCUCCAUUUCCGACCAAUCAAGAGGAAAAUAAAAGAGAAGCAACAAAAGUUGUAAUCAACGUAGCAGUUGAAGGAAGCCCUGGACCUGUAAGAACUAUGGUUAAGUUGAGUUGCAACGUUGAAGAAACGAUCAAACUCGUCGUUGAGAAAUAUUGUGAAGAAGGACGAACACCGAAACUCGACAAAGGUGCUGCCUAUGAGUUGCAUCAAUCUCAUUUCAGCAUCCAAUGUUUGGAAAAAGGAGAAAUAAUCGGAGAAAUAGGAAGUAGAAACUUCUACCUUAGAAAGGGAACUCAUGAAACCGGAGUUUCUUUCGCCGGAAUAGCUCCGAUGAGAAUGAGCUUUAUUCCGUCGUCUAAUAUGAUCGAAUCGUGUAUCGCUCAGUUUAUUGGGAAAAUCUUGAGGAGAACGAGAAAGUUAUGGAACAUAUUGGUAUGUACGCAAUGAGAUUUAAGUUCCAAAGUACGUGCACUUUUGAGCAUGGCACAAAAUAUUCUAUAGAUUGAUAUACUAAUGCAUAUACUUGUAAGUUGUAACCGGUAUGGUU